AUGUGGGGCAUAUUACAUCACUGGUUAUUGCCAUUAGGGGCGUGUAUUAUAUGGUGGGGAAUGUUGAUAGCUCUCCUGACUUGCUGGGCUGCUCAGGGACAUCCUAUUUAUGAUUGGAUCACUCAUAGAAAUAUCCACGUACUUUACAUUUCUGAUGUUUCUGCUACUAACCUUCAACCAAUUUUCAUCUCAUGUUCUGGGGCUCAAGGCAUUUUGUACGUACUAUCAUUGGUUUCAGAGAGAUAUCUUCGACAUGCUGGCCGACUACUUCCUAACGAAAGACGUCGGGAGAAAGUGCUUGCUGCAUUCUCCAUUUUUUUCGGUAUUAUUGGCCAACUGGGGAUCCUAUUUGUUGCUAUAUUCAACACUAAGGUUUUCCCUGAUGUCCAUGUCGCUAUGCUCUGUGUGUUUAUAGUUGGCGUUGGCAUAUCAGCUUUAUUCAUGAUUGCCGAGUUUGCUCUGUUAGAUCGAGCGUAUCCUGAUGUGAGCCGGCUCAGGUUUUCAUAUGUACUCAAGCUCGUGUGGUUUGUCAUUGCCCUUGGACUGGUUAUUGCGUUUGCAGCUUUAGCUGACCAUGGUAAACGUAAUAGUGCUGCAAUUGUAGAGUGGAUAAUAUCCUACUUCUACGGAUUUUAUUUAUUAAUCCUGGUAUUUGACUUAAUACCAGCUGCCACCACUCCAAAGGGCAAGCUGUUAGAAAAGAAGGUUAGUAACCAGCUGACAAGGGCCCUAAGCUGGAUUCCCGGUGUGCCCGUUGUUCAGACCGAGCCACCAUUCAAUGCAGCGGAAAUGGCUGAGCGUGCCGAAGUCGGGGAUAUUGUCCUUGGUCAUCGGGCUCACCAUGGCUCCGAGCCUGAGGUAUAG